GUGUCCUACACGACGUAUUAUUCUGCUUGAUCUGUAGUUUGGGAUCGUCAAACCCUAGGUCUCGUCUUCUCCUCCGUUCCGGCGCUCGAUGGCUCGUACGAAGCAGACCGCUCGUAAGUCCACCGGUGGCAAGGCUCCCCGGAAGCAGCUCGCGACCAAGGCUGCGAGGAAGUCGGCGCCGACGACGGGCGGCGUGAAGAAGCCCCACAGGUAUCGGCCCGGGACGGUGGCGCUGCGUGAGAUUAGGAAGUACCAGAAGAGCACGGAGUUGCUGAUCAGGAAGCUGCCGUUCCAGCGGCUGGUGAGGGAGAUCGCGCAGGACUUCAAGACGGACCUGCGGUUCCAGAGCCACGCGGUGCUGGCGCUGCAGGAGGCGGCGGAGGCGUACCUGGUGGGGCUCUUCGAGGACACCAACCUCUGCGCCAUCCACGCUAAGCGGGUCACCAUCAUGCCCAAGGACAUCCAGCUCGCCCGCCGCAUCCGCGGCGAACGCGCCUAAUUCUGGCGUGGAUUCUCGCUUGGUUAAUCUUAGCAUCUUUGUUCAAGAGAUUUGACCUGUUAAAUUAGAGGAGAUCAUAUAGGACUGCCGAUCGAAUGGUAUAUGUGUCCAUCUUUAUUUUAUCGGUAACUAUUUUAAUUGAA